AGCCAGGCCUGCUGUUUCCCCCUGUUUCCGGUCGUUAUGCUAAGCUAAGCUAACUAUCUGCUGGCUGUUGCUUCAUGUGACUUCAACAGACAAAUCUGAGAGUGGUAUUGAUUAUCUCAUCUAACUCUUGGCAAGAAAGUGUACAAGUGUAUUCCCCAAAAUAUGGAACUAUUGGUAAUCUACUAUAAUGUGUGUCAAAUGUGGACACUUUUGUUCAGACCUUUUGAGACUGAAUAAAAAUAGCUUGGAACAGUAACUCCAUAAAUGGGAAUCACAUGUCAGAUGUAAGUAAGAGAAAAUACAUCUAUGGGCAAUGUUUCUAACAUGAUACAGUCUUACUCCAAACCUCUAGGGAGCGAUCGAGAGCCCCAGCUGUUUCCCUCUCCUGCGCGUGAGAGAGUCUCGUUGGUCAGGCGCAGCAGCGGCUCUCUCUCCGUAGACCCUCCCACUAGCAGAAGAGUGACACGCCAUUCAAUUGCUGCCUGGCCCUUCGCUUGUAGGAAGCAGGAGGGAUCUUUGAGCGUUCUCGUACAGAAGGAUAAUAAUAAUAUCUGAUAGAAACCGACCAUAUCUGCCCUGCGUGAAGCAAAAGUUCAGCCGAAUUGUGUCGACAUGGGGAUCCGAAAAAAGACAAACAACAAGAAUCCACCAGUGCUGAGCCAUGAGUUUGUCAUCCAAAACCAUGCCGAUAUUGUUUCCUGUGUUGCUAUGGUGUUCCUUCUCGGGCUGAUGUUUGAGGUCACCUCAAAGUUUGCAGUGUUAUUCAUAACUGUCCAGUACAAUGUCACCAUAUCAACAAAUGGCCCAGAGGAGACAGCCGUGAACCACUUCCACCAUGGCAUCAAGGACUUGGCCACUACCUUCUUCUACAUGCUGGUGGCCAUCAUCAUGCAUGCCAUUAUCCAGGAGUAUGUGCUGGAUAAAAUUAACAGAAAGAAGCACUUCUCCAAAACCAAGCACAGCAAGUUUAAUGAGUCGGGCCAGCUCAGCGCCUUCUACUUAUUCUCCUUCGGCUGGGGCGCAAGCAUCCUGCUUUCUGAAAAGCUCCUGUCCAAUCCAGUCACCCUGUGGGAGGGUUAUCCCCAUACACUGAUGUCAUUCCAGAUGAAAUUCUACUUCAUUUGUCAGCUGGGCUACUGGUUACACGCUCUCCCUGAACUGUAUUUCCAAAAGACAAAGAAGGAGGAUAUUCCACGCCAACUUGUGUACAUCUUCCUGUACCUGGUCCACAUUGCAGGCGCCUACAUUCUAAAUCUGAACCGUCUGGGUCUGGUCCUGUUGGUGUUGCACUACUUUGUUGAGCUUCUGUUCCACGUUUCCCGCCUGCUCUACUUCAGCAACGAGAAGAGACAAACUGGUUUCACCAUAUGGGCCGUCUUGUUCGUCCUUGGACGGCUGCUCACCCUGUCCUUGUCCGUCCUCACCGUGGGCUUUGGCCUCGCCACAUCUGAGAAUCAAGGCUUUGAUUUGGCUGCAGGAAACUUUAAUGUUAUUUUUGUUCGGAUAACUGUCCUGGCUGCCAUCUGCCUCACUCAGGCCUUCAUGAUGUGGAAAUUUAUCAACUUCCAGCUGCGCCGGUGGAGAGAGCAUGCUCAAACUCAGACCUUGAAGAAGAAACAAGUUCCUUCCAAGAGCAAAUCAAAGAAAGACAAAGCCAAUGGAGUAAAUGGAGUGAACUCCCAUGGAGCCGAUUCACCAAGAGCAAGAAAAGAGAAGUCAUCAUAAAUACAUUCCCCUACCGCCCCCUCUAUCGCCACCUUCUCAAAGAACCAUCUCCCCC